AUGAGAGUAUUUAUCACUCAGCUAUUUCACGAAGCAAGCUCCUUCAUACCAAUUGAGGUCAAGACAUCGGAUUUUAAAAAACGUCAUUACUUGAAGGGAUUUGAGUCAGUUAGAGACACAUUUAAGAAUGAAUCUGAUUGGGUUAAUGGCUCCUUGGAACCAUUUAUAAGUAAUGGAGAUGAAAUUGAUAUUGGCGUAUGUACUGCUUGUCUUCCGGGAGGCAUGAUCGAGUACGAUUCUUUUGUAGAGAUUAAAACUGAUAUUAUAAAUGAGUUUAGUGAUUAUCUUCAAAGAAAGGGUGCGCCAGAUAUUGUUAUGAUGCUCUUACACGGAGCUAACUUAGUCGCAGGAAUGAAAGACCCCGAUGGCCACUUGGUUGAAAUGUUCAGAGGGUUACUUGGUAAUUCCAAUACCAUAAUAGGAAUAACUCUCGAUUUCCAUGCCAAUAUCAGUGAGAAAUUAGUGAAUCUCUCAGACGUCGUAAUAGUGGGAAAGGAAUAUCCUCAUGUUGACACCUACAAUAGAGGUAAAUUAGCAUCUGAAUUGGCUAGAGAAAUGUCUAUAGGAGGUCGUAAAUGGCAGACAUUACGAUUCCCCAUACCUAUUAUUUCAGCUUUACCAAAUCAAGCAACGGUGGAGAACCUUCCCUUUUAUAAAAUCAUGAAUAAAGCAAAAAGCUUAGAAAUUAAAUAUAAUAUAAAAGAUUUAGCGAUUUCAGGCGGUUUUGCUUUUGGGGAUUGUUAUGAUCUUGGUAUGAAUUUGCUAGCGACAAACAACGAAACAGAAGUCUGCAAAAAAGCGUUAGGUGAAUUGUCAGACUUAAUAUGGGAAUUGAAGGAUGAAAUAUUGAAACCGAUACCACAGUUAAGCCAAGUUUGGCCCCUGAUUGACAAGAAAUCAAAAUUUGGAAGAAUAAUUGUGGCUGACGUAUCUGAUUCGCCGGGUUCUGGAGGAAGUGCCGAUGAAACGCAUUUGCUAUCGAAAUUAUUAACGUCCUCCAGCGAAUUCGUUAGUGCUUUUCAUGUUGACCCAACGGUAGUCCAGAAAGCUAUUGAAAUUGGAGAAGGGAAUAUUGCUACGUUUAAAUUUGGCACUGCUUUAUCUCAUAGUUCCAGUCGUACUCUUGAGCUACGAGCCAAAGUAAGUAAGAUUUUAGAUUACGAAUAUGUUAAUAUUGGAAAUAUGAUGAAAGGAGCAAGAUUGCAUGGUGGUUUGACAUCAGUACUACAAGUGGAAAAUGGUUCAAUUGUGGUCACUACAGAAAGAAUUCAACCUUAUGACAUAAAUGCCUUUUUAAGAAUAGGCUUGGAUAUUUCUAUCAAAAGACCUCUAAUUAUAGCUAUUAAAUCCACUGCUCAUUUCAGAUCUUCUUAUACUGCUUUAGCAGACCAAGGGAUAGUAUUAGUAGAUUGCGAUGGUUGGUCAAAUCCGAAUUUUCAUAAUUUUGAGUAUAAAAACCGAAAAAUCCCUUUAUUACCAUUGGAAAGAAUGACGAAGGAAGAAUGGGAUUCAAAUGUCUUAAAUACGUAG